AUGCAGUGGAAGUCCCUUGCCGUUGCCGUUGCGCUCCUUGUGCAAGAUGCUCUUGGACAGCAAAUGCUGCGCUUCUCUUGCGGGCAACUCGUUAUCGAGCGUGUCGACCCUUUGGUCAACCCAGGAUCUAAUCCAUCCCCACAUCUCCAUCAGGUCGGCGGAGGGGAUUCCUUUAACGCUAGCAUGACCGCCGUUGAAUAUGAUCCUGUUAAGAUGUCUACUUGCACGACUUGCACCUUUAGCGAGGACUUCUCUAACUACUGGACUGCCAAUUUAUACUUCAAGGCACGCAAUGGAAGUCUCAAGCGAGUUCCCCAGAUGGCCAACCAAGGCCUCAAGGCAAAUGGUGGCUUAACUAUCUACUAUAUCCCACCAUAUGAUGGCAAAACUACUGUUACAGCCUUUAAGCCAGGUUUCCGUAUGCUUGUCGGCGACGCGAUGUUGCGCUCAGCAAAGGGCCAACAACGGGGUAUCUGCCACCGUUGCUUUAGUACCAUCAAUCAAGUUCCAUUUGGAGGUGCCCCUUGCACUGGUGCUGAUACUAGUUCACUGCCAACGGGGUUUUGCCAGGGAGGUAUCCGCACGACUAUCACGUUCCCAACUUGCUGGGAUGGAAAGAAUGUCGACAGCAUAGAUCACAAGAGCCACGUUGCUUACCCUAGCAGCGGGACAUUUGAGUCGACCGGCCCAUGCCCAUCAACUCACCCUGUUAAGCUCCCUCAACUGAUGUAUGAGAUUAUGUGGGAUACCAGACAGUUUAAUACCAAGGACCUUUGGCCGACGGAUACCACCAAGCAGCCAUUCGUCUAUAGCACGGGUGAUGGCACUGGAUACGGCCAACAUGGCGACUAUGUUUUUGGCUGGAAGGAUGACUCUCUGCAGAGGGCUCUGAACGCUAGGUGCAGCAACGACAAAUGCAGCCAACUUAAGUCUCAAACCUCAGAGGCUGCAAUGAAAUGCGCUAAAGCACCAUCUGUCAACGAGCUGACCGAAGGAUGGCUUUCUGAACUUCCUGGUAGCCUGCCUAUUACUUACGCUUGA